GCGAGAAGCAAAACGUCAAAAUCCUCCUUGAAUCAGUCACAGGCCAAUUUCGAACUUUUUAUGCGACGGCUUCAAUCUUACGGGAAAAACAUAGUAAACUCAUCCUAAAUACGCUUCGUAAUUGGUUUCUGCUGUGCUUGUUCGUCGCGAGUGAUAUUUCGGUGUUAAAAGUGCUACAAAUCUUGCCCAGCGGAAGUCAACCGGAAGUGGCUUAGUGGAGAUGGCCUCAAAGCUAAAAAUGUGAAAGUUUUUUCCUCCAAUUUUUUUUUUUCGAGGGAAAAGUCCCUUUUUGGGGCUUAACGUUGAAAGGGCGGUGGGGUAGACGUGGAUAAGAUCCUUGACAACGAGGGCAAAUAAUUGGCGUCACAGCCUCAGCAAGUAUUAUCAGUUAAGUCACAGGUUUACUUCUUCCGGAAGGUUCUUGAGACCUUGAAAACAAACUCAGCGUUUUGUAAGAUGUCGGUUGUUCGGACCAAAGUCCUCGGCUUGGUGGACGUGAUAAUGCGCGUUCCCAGUUUGUUUAUCAUAGAUGAAAUUCUCAAAAUCGGCAUGGGAUUGCCCAACUCGGCUUCCCCGUCUGGAUCGGCUGCUACUGUUCCAACGGGAUCCGCUCCUCCGGGCAUAGUGUCGGAAUCGUUGGUUAAUCUGACGGUAAACGCUAGUAUGAAAGUGGCGACGGCAGCAGCUACGGAUAUGCUGGGCAGUGCGGCCGGUAUGGGACCGGAUCAUAGCUCACUGAAAGACGACAUCGAGUUCUACAAGUUUGUGUCGCUGACGACGCUCAAAUUUCUGCUGUGCUUUUUCGGUUGCCUGAGCGCAGCGUGCGUCUUCAUGCUCUGGACACGCCACCUAGUCAUAGUGUACAUGUACAUCAUUUCGGUGGGUUUGAUCUUUCUGUCCUACUGGAGCAAUGUGUCCGCCCUGUCGGUUAUAUCGGACGGUCCCAGCCUGCUGGAGGACAUUCUCUCGCUCAACAUGGAACGGCUGCUGGAUCCGGGAGGUGUCGCUCUUUCCAUACUGCCCCACCUGCUGGCCCAGUGGCUGAUGGGAGUCAUCUUUGCCUACAUCCACCUGGGACCGAAAUACAAAUUGAUCCAGAAAGCGCUGCCAUUUAGCUUCCUGAUGCCGUUGUUCCUGGCGAUGCUGCCGCUACCGACGGUAGUGCUGAAACAUUCCCCCGCAUUCGCCGCCAUUCUACCACUAGUACUGUCCAAAAUAGCCCUCUGGAGUUCCUCGUUCGAUGUGGUCAAAACGAUACUCAGCGGCUAUCAACAUGCUCGAAACUUUGCCAGCAACUUUGGCAUCUCAGCACUGAUCGAAAACGAAUGGCAGCGGUUAAAUGUGCCCUGCGUUCUUAGGGCCUUCUGGUCCAUCCGACUAACCGAACAAUUGAUCGGCCUUUUAAUGAACUCCGAUGUUCCGCUAAGAUUUGCCACAACCGUUCAGAGUCUGCUGGUCAGCGGCUGCGAAACGUUGACAGCCGUGCUCGGAAUGACCAGCAUAAUUUCCCUGAUCUGUCAUUACAUUGGGAAAGCAUUUCAACUGUUUCUGCUCUCGGAAGAUUACGACGAGGAUAAAUCGAUCGGAACGGUGUCUGCGAUUCUGUUCUACAUACUAGCACUACAAACCGGACUAACUUCACUUACUCCCGAUAAGCGGUUUAUUCGGUUGUGCCGGAAUCUUUGUCUGCUCAUAACCGCGUUGCUACAUUUCCUGCACAACAUCGUUGCGCCGAUUCUGAUGUCUCUUAGUGCGGCCAGGAACCCAUCGAGAAAACGCCACGCUCGUGCUCUGAUGGUAUGCGCCUUUCUCCUACUCACUCCGCUUGGACUUCUGAGUCUUUUAUGGACGCGCCACGCACCGUCAACCUGGCUUCUAGCGGUGACAGCUUUUUCGGUUGAAGUGAUUGUGAAAGUGCUGGUCAGUCUAGCAACUUACACACUGUUCCUGCUGGACGCUAGGCGGCAAACUUUCUGGGAAAAACUAGAUGACUACGUGUAUUACAUUCGGGCCUUUGGAAAUUCAGUAGAAUUCUGCUUUGGAAUAUUCCUGUUCUUCAAUGGCGCCUGGAUCCUUAUCUUCGAAUCAGGCGGUGCGAUCCGGGCGCUGAUGAUGUGUAUCCACGCGUACUUCAACAUCUGGUGCGAGGCGCGGGCCGGCUGGGGCGUGUUCAUGAAGCGCCGGACGGCGGUGCACAAGAUUAGUUCGCUGCCGGAGGCCACACCGCUGCAGCUGAUGUCGUUCGACGAUGUGUGUGCCAUCUGUUAUCAGGAAAUGACCUCAGCGAAAAUCACCCGCUGCAAGCACUAUUUCCACGGUGUAUGCUUGAGGAAGUGGCUCUAUGUCCAGGAUCGUUGUCCUCUGUGCCACGAAAUUAUCAUGAAUCAGGACGGAAAGAAUGGAGAUGGCAUCGAAGAUGACGGCACGGAAACUGGCAACGAUGAGAUCCAAAACCCACCCCCGGGCAACUCAGUGCCAAUCUUGAACGCACACAGUACCACCACGUCCAGUGGCACUUCAACACUAGCAGCCGAUAAUAGCAGUAGUGGCACCGUCACAACCGGUGGUAAUAGCACCAGCACCAGUAGUCGAAACCACUCGCUAACGGUCAGUGGAUUCCGCAUCCCGAAUCCGACGGUGACUACCUCUAGUUCUUCGUCUUCUUCUUCUUAUCCCUCAUCAUCAUCGUCGACGUCGGCGAUAACGUCAUCCUCAUCGUCGGUGGCAACAACGGCUGCAUCCGAUGCGGCAGCUUCCACCGCAUCAGUACUGUCUCACAUCAUCCGACAACACCAGCUGCAGCAACAUCAACCACGGUCCUCCGUCGAGCGGGAUUUUCUCGAUGAGCUGGAGUGAGCUUGGGACAUGGUCCCGCGGGAUGCUGCAGGUACGAGCGAAGGGGGAGUGAAAGAUUAGGUGUACUAGUUUUAUGUUGUGCUAUGUUUGCUGCUAUCUGUGUGAAAUGGGGAUUGGACGGAUAAUUCUGACCUAGUUGUAUGUGUAUACGUCUCCAUCGCUACGGUUUGCUAAUGCCGACCGGACUGAGGAAAAUGAGUUGUUUUAGCCUAAUUUGUGAUUCUUCAUUUUCAGUUUACCGAAUGGAAGACGAAAGAGAAAUCGAUUAGUAGUAGUGUAAUAGCGGACAUGGGUGGGGAGGGUAAAAGGGUUUAGAUUGAUGUGUUGUGCAAUCUGUGGCGCACUGACAAAACGGACGUUUGAAAUAGCUAUUCAGGGGAGAAAAUUAUAGGUUCUUGGCUGGUAGAAAACAGCACACAAAGGUAGAUGAAAGCAUACUGAAAAGACAGUUUAAGUGAUGCUCCAAUUUGCCUUACGAAACAAUGUCUUCUGCGUGAGGGUUGCACAAUCGCGCCCAGCUGCAGUGAAGUUUUAUACAUUGUACUGGUCAAUUUGAGAUACAUCUCACAUCAUGUCAGGUACCACGGGGACGUUUUGGAUUUUCCAUUAAUUCCAUUUUGUUGUUGUUAAAAAAUAAAUAUACAAAUUUCAAGCGUUCAGUUGUUUAUCUUGUAGGAUAUAUUAAAACGGUUUGUAUCGAAUCAAAUUGUUUCGAUUCGACACAAACUUUCUUGAAUGAUUAAUUUAUUUUUAAUUUCUAGCUGAAAAUAUUAGUUAAAGUCGGUUUCGUGGUGGCCAGCAUUUACAUUCUUCCAACCAUAAUCUUAUUGAAAAUGAACAACUUCACUUAUUGAGUUUAGCUUUUUUAAAUCUUCAACAGCCAGGUCAUUAUCUACAUUUAGGAGAACGCCUGAAGCUCUAUGACGAACUUGCCUGAAUUUCGGAACUCAAUGUACUACGAUUUCCGAUUUUUUUUUUCUAUUGAUUUGACGCAAUGGGUUUUGUUCAGGUGAUUUAAGAAUUUCCACUAAAAUCGCAAUUCUCCAGACACUCUUCUUUUCUGCCAAAAUUUAGAUCACUAGACUAGAAUGGUGCGCUAUCUACACGAUCGAGCAGCUUUAAACCAUUGAAUACUCUCCGCUCUGUGGGCUGCCGUGCUAAAGUAACAUGCUGUACCGCAAGUGAUACUUACAUACAUCUGUCUAUUUAUGUGUUGUUCUUUAAUUCUUUAAACCAUAGCGCAAUGCUAAGAAUGCAAUUACUCGUGGGUGGGUUAGCGUAGCGUAAACAGUAUAAGUUAAAAGUAAAAUCAAAUCGGAUAAAAGAAGCAAAAAUGCUGCUAUCCUGUGGUAGAACAAACGCAAACAUUUCUGCUUCUUUUUUUCCGACCAACAAAUACCACAACUAGUUGCAAUCUUUGGGAAACAAAGAAUCAUUUUCGCGUGUACAUAGGAAAAAAGUAAGCAAAACUAUCAACUUCAUUGAAGAGGUUGGGAUCACAUGAAAUGUGGAGAUAAGAAACAUUUACGGAGAAAUAUAGACUAAGUUCUUAUUAAAAGCCAA